AUGGAUAAAGAAUCUUCCGAAAUCGAUUGGGAUGAAUUACCAAAACCAUUACCAUCAAAUUUAUUCGAUAAAUACACGCAUCAAUCAUUUCUACCACCGUUAACAAGUUUAAAUAUAAAUGAAUCAACAUGGAAUAAAUGUCGUUCGUUCGCAUUAGAUCUGGGUAAAAAAGGUUUUGCCGAUCCGUUAUCAAUCUUGUAUACAUCAUUUAAACGUUUUUAUCCAAAUUGUCUAUCCAUACGAUCAUUUUCACGCUGGUUCACGUUAUAUGAGAAAGAUAAGAAUGAUUUUAAAAAUUAUUUGAAACAGCAUGCAAUUCAUUCGAUGAAUAUUCAGUCAAUAGGCGAAAUAAUAAAUUUAUCAAAAACACUUAAAUUUAAUAAUAAUAAUAACAAUAAUAUUUCUAAAACUUAUGAAAACUCCAAACAAAUAUGGUUUUUAUUUUCAAUAUCCAUUCGUACGUCAAUGAAUGAUCAUAUAGUGAUUGCAGAUACACUUAUCUUAGACCAUGGUGUAACGCGAUUAGCAUCUAGGCAAAGGAAGGGUAUAUCGUCUCGUAUACAUUGUCUAUUUGCUUUAACUCCAAGUGGAAAAUUUUCUAAUCAACUAAUUGUAUGUAAACAAGGUAAAGGCUUAAAAAUGAAUUUUUCUUCGACAACAUUUACACGUAUUGUACAAACGGCAACCGGAGACUUAACUCAUGAACAUAUGCAACAAUGGUUUGAAGAUUUCAUUUCAUUAUCGUACGGACAAGAUGAAAGUGUUGUUCUUCUUGAUCCGCGAACCACUCUAUUAACACCUGAACUAGAAAAUUUAUGUCAAAAAUUAAAUGUUGAAUUACUAACUAUUGAUUUAAAUUAUUAUUUAAUUCAUAUUUUAUCACCAAUAUUUUCAUUAUUUGAUAAACAAUGGACUGAAGUAAAUAAGUUAGAUAAAAUGUAUUUAAAAUCAUCAAAUGAUUUAAAACGAAUUAUUUAUACAAUUUGGCAUACAUUACGAACAUUAAAAAAGAAUGAAAAAAUAUGUGAAAUAUUCAAUAAAACUUUCCUAUGGAAAACUAAUGAUGAAGCGUAUCUACAAUCGCAGCAGGCAGUUGUGCCACCAUCGCCACCGAAGAAAAAAAAGAAAAAAUCUCCUAGUGGUAAAGCAGGUAGCAAAGGAAAAGUAUCAUCGUCAACAACAAUGAUGACUGAUCCACCCAGUGAAUCGUCUCCGGAACAAAUUUUACUCUAUGUUAUUCAACGACAAUUGUCAAUUUUGCGUGCAAGUAAAUUUUUAGGUGGAGUCAAAUUAGAUUAUUUAAAAUAUUGUCUUUCGUAUAAAUCAAAUUCAUUAUUAAUGACUGGCUCACGUCUAGUUGAAUUAAAUACUUUUAUGCAAUCGCAAUCAACCGUUGAUUGGCUCCGUCAUUUGCGUUCAUUAUAUUAUUGGCCAUGCGCUAAACAAUUAUUUCUACGAGAAAUCUACCAACUAACUGGCAUUAUUGCACGGAAACGUUCGAUGGAUCUUUGUGGCAAUGGAAAUAUUGGUUCGAUAAAAACUUGUGAUUUACAAUCGCCUGGUAUUUUCUGGCGAGCAUUUGAAGAUAUACAUCAAAUUCAAUUUGAUAAUGAAUCUGUUAUUAAUCAUGAUCAAUGGCAUGAUGAUUUUCAAAAAUAUCUUAUUGAAAAUAAACUCAACAAUGAAAAAACUCAAUUAUGGACAGUGGAUGCGUUUGAAUUUCCAUUAACUAAAAAAUCGACUGUACUUCAAUUACCUGAAUGGAACGAACUACGUCCAAUGAAUUUAACGCCAAAAGUAACUGUCAUUUAUGCUUUUUCCAAUACUGGCCAAUCAAUAGGACCGCAUUUUAUUUUUCCGAAAUCACUUCAUGAUACUGUUUUAAUCGAUCAAAAAGAUUCUUAUAAUGAAUUAGGCCAUUUAACACCGCAAAUAUUUCUUUCAUGGGUUGAAACCAAUCUUAAACAAAAAAGUCAUUCACCAAUAGUUCUCGUCUGUUGUGCACGAUUACCAGUUUUAUCACCGAUAGUUUUAUCUACGCUUGAAAAAUAUCAAAUCCAUCCAUAUGGUUAUCCGUAUACACGUAUAACACCAUUUCGUUAUUUAUUUGAGCGACGCGUUCGAAAUAAUCGUUCGACUAAUUUAAUGAGUGAACUAUGGAAAAAGAAAUUACUAGAAGAACAACGUACACAUGUAUUAAAAGGCGUAAAUUGUACAGUUGAUAAUAUUAAACAUUAUUUUCAACAAGUAUGGUCGCAAAUAGUUGAUGAAAAAUGCGAUGAUGAUGAGAGUGAUGAAAAUAAAACCUUUGACGAUAAAUGCCAACAAGCGUUUCAACAAGCAAAUAUACAAAUAAAAUUAAAUGCUAAAAGAAAAAAUACAAUUAAAUUAACACCGAAAAAAAUUCCGAAAAAUGACAUCCCAUCAGUUAAUCAUUUACCAAUUGAAGUAACAGAAUCAACGGUUAAUAACGAUGAAAUUGUGGAUCAACUUAACCAUUUAUUAAAUGCUAUUAGUCAAUUCAAAGAACAGAUAACAUCAGCAAAUUUGUCGCAAAUUCUUAAAAUGAAAAAUCACAUCCGACAAAGUACCGACGCUCAACAGUCAACUAGUUUGAAUGGAACAAUUGAUAACACAGAGAAUUUGCAUCCGCCACCAACGUCAUCCGAGCCAAUUUCUGCCACAAACACAAAUUCAAGUUCUCCAUCGACUACUGAUAAACGCUCAAUCGAUGAAAAUGGUGAACCUCAUAUAUCUAAACGUCUCCGCUCAUCAUAUUCUCAAGCCAUUGAUAACACUAAUGCAGCAACAAUGGUUAAAUGGAUUCCACCAUCGAAACAACUUGUAACAAAUUUACAAGCUCAAUCUUCAUCGUUAUUUCAAUUUACAUUAUCACUUAUUCAUACAAUCAUCAAUUCAACUGAUAAUCAGAUUACAAAUGAACAUUCUCGUUGGUUACAUUCAACACUUAAUUUAUAUGGUCAUAAUUAUAAUAAUGAAAAAAUUAAUGUUCUUAUUGAAACAGCAUGUAAAGUCGCUAAAAUAAGUCUUGUCAGAUAA